AUGUUGGUCACCGUUCCCUUCACCAGCUUAGUUGCCCUCGUCAGCUGUGCCUCGGUUCUCAGUGCACCGGGAGCAGUUCAGGAGUCUACCCCUUACACUCUUUUCCGAAGACAAGUCAAUCCAGCCAGCCAGAAUGGAAUGAAGAACAUGACGAUGCAGGCCGCUGGAAACGGCGCGCCCAAGAUGGCCAUGGGAUCCCAAAUGACAUCGAAUGGCUCGCCGGUCCAGAUGACUGAUCUAGAGAAGGAGAACAUGGAAGCAGCGGAGGAGAACAAGCCGGGACUGAACACGAUUGCCAACGCGAUGAACGAGCUCUACUUCCACGACAAGUACGGAUCGCAGCGAAACGACCCGGCCUUAUUGUUGAAGAUGGCCGGCCAAGCGGCGGGCAGUGCGGGGAAGAGCGGCGAUCCGGAGAUCGUCGGGAAGGCGGUUCUUGCCACCUUCGGGCCUUACAACCAAGGCAAGCCGUCCGCCAUAAGCGCCUCGCCCAUCGCCGCGCUCAACAAGAACACUGCCGGAAUGGAGGAAACCCCUUCCCUCAAGACCGUCGCACAUUCCCUCCACGAGGCUUGGGAGAAGGUUAUGCUCAUGAACCCCAAGCCGGACAACGCCCAGAUCAUCCCCGUCUUCUGUCAGGCGAUUGCCACUAGCUCCGUCUCUGGUGAUCCAGUCGCGGUAUCAAAAGCUAUCGAUGCUGCCUACGCUAAGAUGGCUGGAAUCCAGUAA